AUGGCUGCCAAAUGCGUAAACAUGUUUAAACUAGGUCUGAUAGUUUGUAUCGGGAGCAUUUUGAUCUGCAGCUCAUGGUCUCAAAAUGACACGACCACCAUUGAAUACAAUACUACAGAUAUUGAUAACACCACAACGUCUACGAUGACCACCACUGUACCAACAACCUCCUUACCUACAACUACAACAAUAAAACCGUCGGUCCCCGGAACUACUAUCCCUGCUAACGUUGAUGUGAGCAAGUGCCCGUGUGAUUUGACUGGCAAUGCUUGUGAUGUGGGCUGCUGCUGUGAUCCAGACUGUUCUGAUGCGGAUAGAGCUGUCUUCACUCCUUGUCAGCCUUUCUCUUAUGUCCUCGAUGAUAAACUCUGCUUCGAUAGAAAUGUGUUCUUCCUUGAGAAUGGACCAGCCAGAUCCGGAGAUUCAGGAGACCUCUUCUGCAUUUACUUUGAUAAUGAUGAGAAACGAAACUACUAUAUUAACCCAUCCCUGGUAACUACAGAGGCAGAGUUUUUGAGCUAUGCAGCCAAAUAUAGAAAGUUUUCUUUUCAGUCUGUGGUGCCGUCCACCAGUGUACGAAACUUCAACCCAUUUUACAAGAGGGGUGAUCCCAUCUAUGUGGUGUUUCCGGAUAAUGCAGUCAGCUUGCUAGCUCUGCCUGCAGCCGUUGCAAACUCUCCUCUGUGCACAGACAGCAAUCCAGCUGCCUAUCUGAUCGAUAAGUCUUAUACUUGUGCAAGAACUUUGUCUAAUCUUCCUGAGGAUUGUGUCAACAACACUGGUCUCAGAGCUUCUACCUUUUAUGAGAAUUUCAGAAUUAUCCGAGACACUUUCCUGCUGAAAGAAUUUAACUCAUCUUCUAGAAUCCAGCAUCCAAUCCUAGGCUCGGUGGAUCUAACCGAAGUAACUAGCCUAUAUAACAACAGCUAUACAGUGGCUUUAAGCUUGGACCCAGACAAUCCUCUUCAGUGUAUGAAGAAUGGAGUGACUGGAAACUGUUCCUUCACUGAGCCAAUGCCACCCGUGUACAAUGCCACCACUCAGACAUGUCAGAAUGCACUUUUAGGGGUUCGUUACCGGUUUGUAACAAAUGGUACCUUGGGUAUCGACAGUGCCUUUGUCAGCUUCAUCUUUAGUGAUGUCGGCUACCCAAAUAUUGCACAGACCUUCUCAACUACUUUUACAACGGUCUCUUCAACUGGUGAACGUAUUCAGCGAAGUGGACAUCCUGGCUAUCAAGUUGGUCAGCCGAUCAUGGCGGGCGUGCUGAAUGUGACCUCACAAGGAGCAACAACAGAUGAGAGAAUAUUGCUACAACAAGCAAGAGGUCAACAGCUAGCUUUGAUUCGGGGGUCUGUCAGUGGGGACUGCCUAAUGGAUCUAGGACAGUUGAGAGAACCUGUGCUAUUUGGUCAGGAUAUGCGCACUGGUUGCUUCAUACAAGUAAAUGAAACUUCAGAAGCAGAAGUUUGCAAGAUGCUGCAGCAACUUAUUAUUCGUGUAAUCGAAGGCUACAGUGCACCAGCAUAUGAUGCCACAUUGAAUGUUUAUCUCAAGAAUAAUCUCUAUGUGGCCAUGUUUGGUGACUCUGAUGUUCAGCGUACAGGAGACUGGGUUGAAGUUCUUUUCAAGAACAGGCCUUCUUCUCCUUCGCAGACUGUGGGUGCUCAGUGUGAUUUAUCUCUUGGUGCAAACCUACAAAUCCUGUAUGCCAAUGUGGGCUCCCUUCCUAAUCCUCAAGCCAAAAUUAUUGGUGUGGCAUAUGUUUAUGAUGAACCGCAGGUGGUCAGAUAUAAGUGCUCAGGCUCCUUCUGCCAGCCAGGAUCAAGUAUGUCUCAGAAAGUAGAAAUUAGCAGCUCAGUGACUUUCAUUGAUGUCUCCCAGCUCCCAGUGGCUGUAGAGGGAGUAUAUCCAACAACAGCGGCACGACUGCCCUACGAUUUCUUUUACCCGUUUCUCAGUGAUGCCCCAAGAAGCCUUCAUGCAGGCCACCUGUGUUGGUUCUUGUGUUUAUUAUGUGUGUUAAACAUGCUGAGACAUUGA